UUGACAGGACAAAGAUAGGAGAAGAGAGUAGCAUGGCCCCUGAAGAAAAGCCAAAGGAGAAGCCAGCUCAAAGAGCGAUAAAGAAGAUCCGGACAGCCUCUCUGGUUAUUAGUUUAGCUCGAGGUUGGCAGCAGUGGGCCAAUGAGAAUAGUACGAAGCAAGCCCAAGAACCUUCAGGGUGGCUGCCUGGUGGGGCUAAGGAGGCAGGUGAGUCACCCAAAGUGCACAAGAAUACAAAACUAUUAGAGCCCCCCCAGGAGAAACAAGGCAUAGGAGGAGGUCAGAGAUGCCUAUUGGCAAAGCCAUUUUCCAAUAGAAACAGAAAGUGUUUAAACAACCUUGCUGAUGAUGAACCCGAGGAGACCCACAUUAAAAGGAAGGAGAUAACCAAAACAGUGGUCAGCAAAGUCUAUGAGCGAGGAGGGGACAUGAGCCUUCUCAGCGACAGAUAUGAGAAUGAUGGGACCAAUUCUGGAUCAUGGCAGGAAGGAAAAGACUUGGAUCACAUCGACAAGAUCCUGAACAGCCAUACUUCUCCAACCAGGAGGAGGAAGUGCUUGAACCUGGUGUCAGAACUGACCAAAGGCUGGAAAGAAAUAGAGCAAGAGGAACCCACUAGCCGCAGUGAUAGUGUAGACACUGAGGACAGUGGCUAUGGAGGGGAUUCUGAAGAACGGCUAGAGCAGGAGGUCAACAAGCAAGAAGGAGACCACGUGAUUGCAGCCAGGAUUAAACGACCCAUGCCUUCCCAGGCAAGCAGGUUUGCAGAGAAUCUCAGCAGCAAGGCUCAGAGGAAAUACAGCCAAGUGAACAGCAUGAAGGGGAGAUGGCAAAAAUGGGCUGAUGAGCAUCUGCAGUCCCAAAAGCUGAAUCCCUUUAGCGAAGAGUUUGAUCAUGAGCUGGCCAUGUCCACCCGUCUGCACAAAGGGGACGAGGGCUAUGGGCACCCCAAAGAGGGAACAAAAACUGCUGAACGGGCCAAACGAGCAGAAGAACACAUUCACCGGGAAAUCAUGGAUCUGUGCUUUGUCAUCAGAACAAUGGCUCACCACCGACGGGAUGGCCAGAUCCAAGUCACCUUUGAACUCUUCGACAGAUAUGUACGGAUAUCUGAUAAGGUGGUAGGCAUCCUUAUGAGAGCCAGGAAACAUGGACUUGUUCACUUUGAAGGAGAAAUGCUAUGGCAAGGCCGAGAUGACCAUGUGGUGAUUACACUCCUGGAGUGAUCUUACAACACUUGAGUGGAUCACAAGAUCCAGCUUUUCUUCAUAUUAACUACAAAUGGAGAAGAGAUGUAAAAUGCAACCUACUGAGUAGCAGACUUGCAAAUAUUAUUAUUUUUGUGGUAAUCUGGAUCCUCUUCCAUCCAGGAGAAAUCUUGGGACAUUUGAGAAAAUAGACACAAAUGGUUAAUAUUGUUUAAUAAUGCCACUUAUAUUUGAAAGGUUAUUUUUAUCCAAAUAGCAUAGGCUGUUUAAUGCAGAAGUAUUGAUGAGUUUUAAGCAAAGGUCUAAAUCAUAAGAAUCAAGAAGGGUACUAACAAAAGGAAAAAGCAAGGAAUGCUAAUAGCUACUGCAAACAACAGAAAAAUAGCAAGAAAAACAGUUUACAUUUCUAACAUGGCAUCAUUUCAUUAGAUCCUCAAGAUUACUCCUCUAAGCAAAUAGUGCAAAUAUCACUAUCCCAGAUGAGAAAACAUAGGCUCAGAGAGAUUGUGAUUCAUCCAAGGCCACACAGCUAGUACUAAUUGUAAGCUGAGACUCAAACCCAUUUUUCUGAUUCCAUGUCCAACACUAUUUCUAGAACCAUAGAUUUUGAGGUGUGUCCAUUUGUUUAUCUGGUAAUACCACUGAAGCAUCUCUUUUUUUUUUUUGUCCGUUUUUGGUUUUUUUUAGCAUUUCCUUUGCAUUUUUAUUUCUAAGGUCUUUAGA